AUGAGCUCUACAUCUACUUCAGAACAGUUGAGUCCUGGCUCUGAGUCUCAAGACAUAGCUACAGUUCCAGCGUCUAGCUUUGAGUCAAAUACAAGUUCUGCCACUGCAUCUGUCGCCUACGAUGUGGAACCAUCCUCUGUUUAUAAGCGACGCUCUCGGCUGCGGAUCGAUGAUCUGGUCGACCCUGGUACUUAUCAAGAUGCUCAAAUUAAUGCCACUGAUACCUCUUCCGGGAGCAGUGAUCUUUUAAUUGCAGCCACGGCCCUUGGUGAACUUGGAAGUUCUUCGCCGCCUAAAGAACCUGUAGCGGGCACGACUAGCAGUGACACCAUUUUUGACAAAGUCACCUCUCAUCCUUUGAUAUCCAGUUCUAUCAAUUAUAUGCUCGAGAGAACUAUCUACACUUCCAGCAGCUAUCUUUUGUCCACUCCAUUAUCUUCUACUGCAACUACUCAUUCCACUGUGGCUGAUUCAACAAUGGAUGGUUCGCUUAUAUCUCCUAUAUCAGCUCUGGCCUCGUCAAAGCAGUUGAGCGUAAUAAACUUGAAUAUUGAAAGUCGCAGGAAGCUGGAGAUGUUAAUUCAUUUUUUGAAGCUUGGUAACAGUCAGUUGAGCGAGCGUAUAGAAAGUUUGAUUGGGAUGGUGGAAAGUAAGCGUCAGGCCUCUGAUGCCCUUAUGUUAAGUAAUUCCCAGACUCCUACGCAGCUUAGUGAUAAUGAGACAAGCGAUGCUGGACAGAAUGAUCCGCUUGGAGAAGAUAGUCGGUUACCUACAUCUCAGUUUGAUAACGGUUCGACCGUUUCGUUGGCUUCUUUGCCACGCACAAAUUCUGCCACUUCCGCAGAUAACCAGGGUCAAUUUCUUUCGGAUGAAUCCAUUCAGCAGAUGAAGGAUGAUAUUGUCAGUACUGUCAAGAAAAUUGUGAAUGUUGUUUCUAAGGUGUCUGCCAGUUCUCUUUCUGAGCCUGCCCGAUCCAAUGUGCGGGAAGCGCUUUUGAGAUUGCCUUCAAACUGGGCUGCUUUGUUUGAACAAGAGCAGCAACGGGAUGAUGAGAAUGAGAAUGACAAGGAGAAGGAGGAGGAGGAUGAUGAUGAUGACGAUGACGAUGACAUCAGCUAUAAAAGUCACAGCAAUGAUAAUGAGAGCAUUGAUGAUAAUGCGUCUUUGGAAACAACAUAUGAGGAUUCGCGAGAGUCCUGGGUUCAAGAUGACAUGAAUAGCGAGAAGUUCAGGAACGAGAUUGGUAACCCUAAUGGAUCCGCUAAGCAUAUACGUCGAUCUGUUACACAAAGAUUGCUUGCAAAUCUCUUCCGUUACACUGGAGGUGUUAGUAGUAGAUCUACAACUACGUUUAAAACCAGGGAAUGGUUUGGAAGCAAGAUUAGAAGUCAGAUGAUGUACGAUCCUAAUGGGAAAAUUCUAGUUUUGGCACAGGAAUCAUUGGACAUGAUCAACAAGAUUAUCAAGUUUUGUAACGAGAAUUUGGAUAAGGCUGAGACAUGGAAUACAUCGAAGCAGAUGCAGCAGAAGAAGACUUUAAUCAGUAAAUUGCAAGAUAUGGACUACGUUUCGCAAAAUGAUAACGAGAAGAUUGAGACAAUUGUGGUAAAAGAACCUGAAGAUUCAUCCUAA